AUGCCGCACGCCAGCUUCCUGCGCAACCAUGGCAAGACGGCGCGCACGCCGCGCCGCCCCUUCGAGAAGCAGCGCCUCGACAUCGAGAUGAAGCUGAUCGGCGAGUUUGGCCUCAAGAACAAGCGCGAGGUCUGGCGCACGCAGCUGACGCUCGCCCGCAUCCGCAAGGCGGCCCGGGUGCUGCUCACCUUGGAGGACAAGGACCCGAAGCGGCUGUUCGAGGGCAACGCCCUGCUGCGCCGCCUCGUGCGCCUGGGCGUGCUCGACGAGUCCAAGGCGCAGCUCGAUUAUGUGCUCGCGCUGAAACCCGCGGACUUUAUGGAGCGCCGGCUGCAGACACAGGUCUUCAAGCUUGGCCUCGCCAAGUCGAUCCACCACGCGCGCGUGCUCAUCCGGCAGCGGCACAUCCGCGUCGGAAAGCAGAUUGUCAACAUUCCGUCCUUCAUGGUUCGCACCGAGUCGCAGAAGCACAUCGACUUCUCGAUCACCUCGCCCUUCGGCGGCGGCCGGCCGGGCCGCAACAAGCGGAAGGCCAUCGCGGCCAAGGGCGGCGGCGGCGGCGACGAGGAGGAGGACAUGGAGUAG